AACAACACAAUUCCACGUAAAUACCAAUAAAACCACAAAAUUCCCAAAAAAAAGAAAAAAUGAAAAAAGUUGGGAGGGUUUAAGGGCUGAGGGCUGGAAUCUGAGUUCUCUUCACAUAAUUGAACUGCAAUUGCAAUGGCGUCGUCGCUCUCAACUUGGUUGCGCUACGUCACCACCAAAGUCGUGUACUCCUUCUCUCUCUAUCAGAAGACCCAUGGACGUGUGGAUGCUAAAUGCUUUGAUACCAUAGUGAAAACUAUUCUUGUAGGGAAGGUGACUUUUUUGCAUCAGAAUAAAGCGGAAGAGGUGGCUCCAACAAUCGGGACUGAAGCUGGAACUUUUCUUGUUCGGAGAAUUCCGUAUGCAGAUCCCACCAAUGUUUUUGUUGGAGACUUGGUAGUGCUGAAGGACCCCAUGAACUCAGACAAGUAUCUUGUUCGGAGGUUAGCUGCCAUUGAGGGACACGAGAUGGCUUCCACUGAUAAAAAAGAUGAACCUUUCGUUCUUGAGGAUAAUGAGUGCUGGGUACUAGCCGACAAUGAAGAUUCAAAACCCAAGGACUCCUAUGAUAGUCGAUCAUUUGGUCCAGUUACUCUGAGCGACAUAGUUGGUAGAGCUAUAUAUUGCCUAAAGAAUGAUGUAGAUCACGGGCCUGUGAAUAAUAGUGAUCUUAGUGCAAUUGUGGAUUCUCCGGUGCUGGCGGUGGAACUUGAUGUUGACGAGUUGAAGAAGAAUAACAGACAGUAGAUUCUCCACCAAGUUUUCCCAAUUCUUAGGCCUGAAAUAAGUGUGACUCCGAUGAAUUCCAGAAGACAGAAGCUGUACAGCAACAAAUGGCAUUCUUGUUCUGAUCAGAGGAUGAUGAGAUCACUGCAAACAGAAUUUAACUUCCCUUUCCUUUACUGUACAUUAUUCAGCUGCUCCGCAGCUCAAGAUCUCGAUUCUGGGUAGCACGGGCCAGGCAUUGUUUACUGGGAGCUACUCACAACUUGUUCCCUCUAAAUGAACCAUGAAAUGCAUCAGAUUGUAUGUCA